AUGGAGGGCAACAAGCCGUGUGCCUCGCCCGUCAGUCGGGACGAAGGCAGCCCCAGCACCAACGCCUGCUCCCAGGCAAAGACGGCAGCUGAGAAGGCGCUGAGCAGCCCGAGCGCCGGCGCCGGCGGCAGCCUUAAGGAGCAUGGCAACUCGGUGUGUUUCAAACUGGAAGGCAACGGCGGCGCUGAGGAACCGGCUGGGGGCUUCGACAAUGCCGACGCCGCGCGGCCCCAGUACGGCUUCAUGCAGCGGCAGUUGACGUCCAUGCUGCAGCCCGGGGUCAACAAAUUCUCCCUCCGCAUGUUCGGCAGCCAGAGAGCGGUGGAGAAGGAGCAGGAAAGGGUUAAAACUGCAGGAUUCUGGAUCAUCCACCCGUACAGCGACUUCAGGUUUUACUGGGACUUAAUCAUGCUUAUCAUGAUGGUUGGAAAUCUUGUAAUAAUACCUGUUGGUAUCACAUUCUUCACAGAACAGACAACCACACCAUGGAUUAUUUUCAACGUAGCAUCGGAUACUGUGUUUCUGUUUGACUUGAUUAUGAACUUUAGAACUGGCACGGUUAAUGAGGAUAGCUCUGAAAUAAUACUAGACCCCAAAAUAAUCAAGAUGAAUUAUUUAAAGAGCUGGUUUGUGGUUGACUUCAUCUCAUCCAUACCAGUGGAUUAUAUCUUUCUUAUUGUAGAAAAAGGAAUGGACUCAGAAGUCUAUAAGACAGCUAGAGCACUUCGUAUUGUGAGGUUCACAAAAAUCCUCAGUCUGCUACGUUUGCUACGACUUUCAAGAUUAAUAAGAUAUAUCCAUCAGUGGGAAGAGAUUUUCCACAUGACCUAUGAUCUAGCCAGUGCUGUGGUGAGAAUCUUCAAUCUCAUUGGAAUGAUGUUGCUUCUUUGCCAUUGGGACGGUUGCCUUCAAUUCUUGGUCCCAUUGCUUCAAGAUUUCCCAGAAGAUUGCUGGGUGUCCCUAAAUGGUAUGGUUAAUAAUUCCUGGGGGAAGCAGUAUUCUUAUGCACUCUUCAAAGCUAUGAGCCAUAUGCUUUGCAUUGGAUAUGGAGCCAGAGCCCCCGUGAGCAUGUCAGAUCUCUGGAUAACCAUGCUGAGUAUGAUUGUGGGGGCCACCUGUUAUGCCAUGUUUGUUGGACAUGCCACAGCCCUGAUACAGUCUUUGGAUUCAUCCCGACGUCAGUAUCAAGAGAAGUACAAACAAGUCGAGCAGUACAUGUCGUUUCACAAGCUACCUGCAGAUAUGCGUCAAAAAAUCCAUGAUUAUUAUGAGCACCGUUACCAAGGCAAGAUCUUUGAUGAAGACAGCAUUCUUAAUGAACUCAAUGACCCUCUUCGGGAGGAGAUUGUCAACUUUAACUGUCGUAAACUUGUUGCCACCAUGCCUCUGUUCGCCAAUGCUGACCCAAAUUUUGUAACAGCCAUGCUAAGCAAGUUGCGCUUUGAAGUGUUUCAACCUGGAGAUUACAUUAUCCGAGAAGGAGCUGUGGGGAAAAAGAUGUAUUUCAUUCAACAUGGGGUCGCUGGUGUUAUCACUAAAGCCAGUAAAGAGAUGAAAUUGACUGAUGGCUCCUACUUUGGAGAGAUCUGUCUUUUGACUAAGGGCCGUCGCACUGCCAGCGUGAGAGCAGAUACAUAUUGCCGCCUGUAUUCUCUUUCUGUGGACAACUUCAAUGAAGUUUUGGAAGAAUAUCCAAUGAUGAGGCGAGCGUUUGAAACAGUGGCCAUUGACAGAUUAGACAGGAUAGGAAAGAAGAAUUCAAUUCUACUCCAGAAAUUCCAAAAAGAUCUCAAUACUGGCGUUUUCAACAAUCAGGAGAGUGAAAUUUUGAAACAGAUAGUGAAGUAUGACCGAGAGAUGGUGCAGACUGUUGGGACAGCAAAUUAUUCACAAACACCUGCUUUGAAUUCAAGCCCUUCAACUACCAUUUCAUCAAUGCAAAUGAGGACACAGACCACACCUGUCUAUGCUGUGACCAACCUCUCCCAUGGGAGCUUGAAUUCAUCAACACCGAGCACGCAGACACCUCAACAGGGUGUAGUUUUCUCACCAUGCUCCUACCCUUCUGCAGUCUGUAGUCCUUCAAUACAGAGUCCUUUAGCCGGUCGAACUUUUCAAUAUGCAACUCCUACUGCUUCACAAUUGUCACUGCUACAGCAGCAGCAGCUGCAACAACCACAGCAGCUGCAACAACCACAGCAGCUGCAACAACCACAACAGCUGCAGCAAAUGCCCAGUGGGUCACAGAAGAACGAUAUCCAUAAGAGUACACAAACUCUUCACAAUGCUAGCCUGACAAGAGAAGUACGCCCCCUGUCAGCCUCACAGCCUUCUUUGCCCCAUGAGGUCUCUACUAUAAUUACAAGACCACAUCCAACAGUGGGAGAAUCUUUAGCUUCCAUUCCACAGCCAGUGUCUGCUCUUCAAAGCACAGGAAUCCAGGGUGGGAGCAGAGGCACAGUCCCACAGAGAGUGUCCCUCUUCCGACAGAUGUCUUCAGGAGCAAUUCCACCAACACGAGGACCGAUGCCAUCCACAGCUGGGCCUCAAAGAGAUACUUCUACAGUCUUAAACCCUGAACUAGAGGGAGAUAAACCACGGUUUGCUUCAAACUUAUGAUUCAUGUAGACUGAAUAAAGCAGAAGCAUUGAAACAGAUUGAAAUCAUUUGAGGACACUUGUUAGAACUUAAUUUUGCAUAGUUCCCAGCUGUCUACAACAACAACAACAAAAAAGAAAAUUGUAGACAAACUUAACCCACAAAAUUGAAUGUACAAUGUAAAGACAGAUAGAAGGGAAAAGAGAGAGAGAAAUCCAAGUGGCAUCUCUUGUCUUUGUUUCUUAUCAACAGUUCAGAGUCUAAAAACAGGUGUAAUAUUUAUUUUUAACUUAGUUAAAAAUAUAAAGUUUCCUCAUUUGAAUCUAUAUUUUUUAAGAAAUGACAGUAUUAUGAAUUCCAGGAACUAAGCCAGAAAAUAAGAACAGCUUUCUCUGAAUACAUGCUAGCUUGG